AUGCGGUCCCACGGCAGCGACAGCACGACGACAAGCCGCGACUGGACCGACGACCCGCUCCUUCGCGACGCCUUCGCCUGCGCACCCGAGCACUACAUCGAGAUCCACGAGCCAACGACCAACAGCUCGCGCAAGGUGGCCACGUCGAUCAACUCCAAGGCGUCCUUCCGUGGCCACUGUCGCGACUCGCUCCUCGACUGGUACGCGGCUGGCGUCAUCUUUUGGUCGCAUCUCGUUAACUUUGAUACGCUCCUCGUCUUUCUCGUCUCGCUCGGCGCGCCGAGUGCGUACUACUACUACAUGCCGGCGGACAGCAGCGGCGUGCCGCAGCACUUUAGCGCCAACCUCUCUUGGAUCCUCGUGACCUUCGCCGUCGUUUCGCCCAUGAUCAUGCAGAUCCGCCAGGCGUUCACGCGCCGCGAGAAUGCGCUCGACGCCAUCGCAGAGAGUUCGCGCCUUCUUGUCUGUCCAUUGAG